CAGAAGUCCAUCAUCAAUGCACUGAAUCAAUGUUGUUGUAGUUCAGACGCGAUCAGAAGCGACAUCAGUAUGAUGAAUAAUACCUUCAUUUUUGGGGUUUUAUUACUCGUGAAUGGUGUGUUUGGUGUUGAAGCAGAUGAAGUGUCCGUAUCAGUGAUGGAGGGAGAUUCAGUCACUCUACACACUGAUGUUACUGAAAUACCGAAGGAUAGUAACAUAAUAUGGAAGUUUAAUGAUGAAAUCAUAGCUAGAAUGAAUGAAGCAGAUGGAAAUCCCUCUACAUAUGAUGGCCCCGGUGCAAUAUUUAAAGACAGACUGAAGCUGGACAAACAGACUGGAUCUCUGACCAUCACAAACAUCAGAACUGAACACAUUGGACGUUAUAGUGUAGACAUCAAGAGCACAGAUGCAAAACUGAAGACAUUUCAAGUUACUGUCCAUGGUGUGUUUAGUGUUGACGGGGUGAAGCAAAUGUCAGAGAGGAAUGGAGAUACUGUCACUCUACAGACUCGCAUUACUGAUAUAACAGGAGACGAUGUGAUCGAGUGGACGUUCGGACCCCAAAACACUUCUGUAGUAAAAACUGACAGAGAAAAUGGACGAAUAAUAUAUAAUGAACAUGAUGUGAGAUUUACAAACAGACUGCAACUGGAUAUUAAAACUGGAAAUCUCAAAAUCAGCAACAUCAAGACUGAAGUUGCAGGAGUUUAUCACAUAAAGAUCAUCAAAAGCACGUAUGCCGUACAGAAAAGCUUCAGUGUUACUGUCAGUGCUCAGUCAGGUGCUCCUUCAGGGAUUUGUGGUGCUGGUGUUGGUCUGGUAGUUUGGGCUGUAACUGUGUUUUUUGCUGCAAGAAGUAUAAGCAACGAAGGCAAAGGUGUUUCAGUGAAUAUAAAGUGAAUCACUCUCAGGAUCAGCGUGAAGAUGAGAAGCAACAGUUCAUAAGCACUGGAACAAUAUAAACUUAGGCUUUGCAUGACAUAAUAAUCAGCUUUUAAUUAGUUUUUAUAUGUUUAUAUUUUUGACAUAUCACAUAUUUUUCCCUCAUGUUUGACUACUAGAAAAAAAGGGAACACUAUAGUCUGAAAUGUUUAAGUUGCAGAACUAUUCAAGACUUUGUCUGAUUAAAUAGGUUAAAAAUAUUCUCAUUGUAAACCAGCAGGGUUUGGUUGCUUGAAAAUGUUUUCUCUUCAUAGUUUAAUCUUCAUAUCUUAUUUGCAUGGGGAUUUGUGAAAGGUGAAAAGUAUCAAUUCUGUUCCAUUCUUAUGAAAGUUUAUGUGCAUGUGGUGCUCAUACAUAUAGAUCUAUGUACAAAAACACAAUAAAGCCAAUCAAACCUGAUAAAACUGAGACUGUUUUAU